AUGCUUAUGCACUCAUUCAACCCGUCUUCAGAUUUCAUUCUUGCUCAGCCGACGCGCAUGAGUAUCGACAUGGCCAUCCAAGCGGAAACAGCAAGAAGAUACAUCGAGGCUUUUCACGCGCUCGAUGGUGCUGAAUUUACAAAGCUGAAAACACCGGAAUGUGAACAUGUCUUCGCCCCAAAAUCUCUUAACAUGACGGUUUCCAAAAAUAAUGCGCGAUUUGAGGCUCACAUGGAACAUCUUCGAACGAUUUUGAAGGCGUUCCCAGUAUACGUCAAGAAGCUGUGGGAGGACAAGACGCAUGUCACGAUCUGGGCUACCAGCGAAACCGUAUUCCAAGAGGAAGCAAAGGAUGAAGGCGCCCCUCAGAGCAGUUGCAGUUUCGGGGGUGAGUACAUGUUCGUCCUCGAGAUGAACGAAGAUGGAGACAAGAUCAAGAGAGUGGUGGAGUUCCUUGACAGUAACGCAACUGAGGACAUUGAUGAAGCGAGCACGACGAAAUCUUGGGAACAAAAAAUAUGA